ACAAAUUAAAAGACACUUUUUUUCCCCCCACAUUUGUAGUUUUGCUUUGGGUCGUUGUGUUCUUGCAAGCUGUGUCUUGUGAACGCGUCAUGAUAGCCACCGUAGGUUGGCGACGAGUUUUCUGAAAUUGUUGGCUAACUUGGCUAGCGGUUAUCAUUGUGCUGUCUUUCGCUAGUCAACUUAUGCCGCAGUAGCAGGUUGCCAGACUGAUGCUAACAGUUGUUAUCCUCUAGCUUUAGCCCUCAAGUUGGCAAUAUACUGGCGAUAAUCGAUGCUGUUGCAGUUAGCCUGUUUGUGUUCCACUCCCAGAGUUUUCUGUGUUUUUUGAGACGUAAUUCAAGCAACUGUCCGGUGAACUUUAUUAAAGCUCUUCGGACAGGUCAUUUAGCUCUCUGGUUGUUGAUGACAGUGCCAGUGAAUGAUAACGUUUGACACCUAAGCUAGCACCUCUAGGGCGCUCAUUAUUGUGUACCAUUUCCAUCAUCCGGAUUCGUGGGAUCUGAUGGGAUUUAUAGUGUAACUGUAAUCGGCCAUGUUACUUUGACUCUGAUCGUUUGUCCUAGCCAACAGAGGCUGGUGAUGGCAUUAUGACCUUUUAACCAAGUUGUUUAUACACAUGUCAGGGCCGUGGGUUGUAUGGAAUAUUAUUUCCUAUCAGACAUCCUAUCUCUAAGGAGACUUGACUGGACCCCUGUGCAUCACCGUGUUCCUUUGAGCUUAGAGUUGUCUGAGUGAAGGCUGAACGAUGGUCUGAUGGACCGCCGCUUCUUCCUGACCUUCAUCUUCUGCUCAGUGUUGUGGAUCUUCUUCUGGGAAGUGCGCUGGAAGAAAGGCAAAGAAAGCCAAAUUGAGCAAUGGCUCCAAGGACAUAGCCUCUAUCAAUAUAGGCACUUGUUUGAAGAUGUACAGACGCUGGAGGAACUGAGUCUGAGUGUACUGAGUCGCCUGGAAGAGGUGGUGAAGGAACAGGAGCACUGGAGGGAAAUUGCAGAGGCCCACAUCCAGCUGCUCCGAGACUUUGCCUUCCAGGAGUGGCUUUGCUCCCAGAACCUGGAGCACUAUUACCAUACGCUGAAAACCUUGGGCUGUAUGAAUCUGGAUGAUCUAUCUGAGUUUGACAGUCAGCUGCAGCUAUCUCUCGCUGCCUGGGGCUACUACUACGAAGACUACAUUAAACUGUCUACAGGCAUCAAGAUCCUACAGACCUCCAGGAGUCGUCGUGACCAGGCCUACGAGAACCGGCUGGUGCACAGCUUUGCUGAGAGGCAUCUGAAUGAGAAGUGGUCAUUCGCGGGAGCGCUCAUAUUUGGCUGUACUGUGGCGCUGUGCUUCUUGAUAAGAGACCUCAUGUUUUACGUGAUUGGUGGAAUUACUGUUUCCAUCAUAGCCUUUGUCUUUACCAUCAAGUUCCUCUGUGAGCUUGCAGCAAGAGUGGUCAGCUUCCUGCAGAAUGAGGAUCCAGGGCGACGCGGUGACCGCAGCAUCUACGACUAUGUCCGGGGCAACUACCUGGACCCACGUUCUUGCAAGGUGUCAUGGGACUGGAAGGAACCCCAGGAAGUGGGACAGACUAUGAGCUUCAGAGUCCAGCUUUUUUAUAAGAAUGGCCAGCCUUUCCCAGCCCAUCGACCUGUGGGACUGAGAGUCAAUAUCACCCACAUUGAACUGGCUCUUGACAUCCCUGUUACACAGGAGGUUCUGCAAGAACCAGAGUCAAACGUAGUCAAAGUGGCCUUCACAGUGCGCAAAGCUGGACGCUAUGAAGUCGCUGUCAAGCUGGGUGGCCUUAAUGUGGCCUACAGCCCUUAUUACAAGAUUUUUCAGCCAGGCACAGUUGUCCCAUCCAAAACCAAGAUAGCCUACCACUUCUCCACCUUGGUGCUAACUAUUGGCCAGCAGCACACUUUGCAGAUUGAACCCAGGGACGAAUAUGGAAACCCCACCAGUAACUCUACAUCUCUCACAGAUGAAGCCAACUAUAGUGUCCAUGUGCACUCUCUGGGCACAGUGGAUGACGAUAGUAUGGAGGAAUAUUACAGUAAGUCUGUUUCACUCAACAAACAGCAGUGCCAGGUCCUACUGAGACUCAUCCUGAGGAAGGCUGGCUGUUUCAGGGCUCGCAUCUCCUACAAGGACCAGCCACUCAGCAACGGGGAAUUUGACAUUAUUGUUCUCAGCGAGAAUGAGAAGACCUGUGUGGAGAAGAACGUGUCCACUCCAGGCAUAAGUAUCUACUUUGAGGCAUACCUUUACAGCAGUGGAAACUACAGCAACUCCUCAUGGCAAUUACCUGCCUCAUCUUUGCUGGCUCCUCAGCGGAGGCCCUCCAUGGGAGAAGAGGAAGAUGAGCAUGACUCUCCUGUGGAGGGACAACCUGAGAAGUUCAAGAAACCAAAAAAGGUCUACUGUUACAUAUCGCCAAAGCAACUAUCCGUGAAGGAGUUCUACCUGAAAAUUAUUCCGUGGCGCCUUUUCACCUUUCGAGUAUGUCCAGGAACGAAGUUUACCUAUCACGGUCCUGACCCAGUGCACAAGUACCUAACUCUAGUAGUGGAUGAUGGAAUACAGCCUCCCGUGGAGCUCAGCUGCAAAGACAGGAACAUCAUGGCUGCCACCUUCAUUCGCUUCCUCCACAAGAACAUUGGUGGCUCUGAAACAUUUCAAGACAAGGUGAACUUCUUUCAACGUGAACUCAGGCACAUCCACUCAAAGAGACCUCGCACAAAGACCUGCCUGAAGGUCACUCGGCACUCCAUUCUAGAAUCUUCCCUGAAGGCUACAAAGAACUUCUCAGUGUCAGACUGGAGUAAGAAUUUUGAGGUUGUGUUUCAGGAUGAGGAAGCUCUAGACUGGGGAGGGCCUCGCAGGGAGUGGUUUGAGCUGAUUUGUAAGACGCUCUUUGAAACCUCCAAUCAGCUGUUCACCCGCUUCAGCGACAAUAACCAGGGUCUUGUAAGUUAUUCUUCUGAACCACUUUUAACAAAUGUGGUGGAGCUGAUAUCAGGGGGAGCUCAGAUUGCUGUUACAAAUGAAAACAAGAUGCAUUAUCUCAACCUCCUGGCCCAAUACAGGUUGGCCGGCCAGGUGAGAGAUGAGGUGGAACACUUCCUGAAAGGUUUGAAUGAGCUGGUUCCAGAAAACCUGCUAGCCAUAUUUGAUGAGAAUGAGUUGGAGCUGCUGAUGUGUGGCACCGGUGAUAUAAACGUACAGGACUUCAAGGCUCAUGCUGUGAUUGUUGGCGGGUCGUGGCACUUCAGGGAAAAAGUGAUGAAGUGGUUCUGGGCUGUGGUGUCCAGCUUCACCCAGGAGGAGCUGGCUCGUCUGCUGCAGUUCACCACCGGCUCUUCUCAGCUUCCACCUGGGGGAUUCAACACCCUUUGCCCCUCCUUCCAGAUCAUUGCUGCCCCCACACACAGCACCUUGCCCACUGCACACACCUGCUUUAACCAGCUGUGCCUCCCUACCUAUGACUCCUACGAGGAGCUGCACAAGAUGCUGAAGCUGGCUAUCAGUGAGGGCAGCGAAGGCUUCGGCAUGCUCUGACUCUACCACCAUGACUCUUGACUUUGCUCGAAUAAGAGGAGACCAAAAGUGGCCACUCCAGUGAACCAUCGUUCAUCUCCAUUUAACAUUUGGGUUUCUUGUCAAAGAAUCCUUAUAAAUACUCUCUUGGGAUGAGAAUGCAUUACAGGAACUCCUCAAAGGCUGAAGUGGAAUCAGGACAAGGCUACUCUAUGUAUAUACAAUAUCUUGCUUUUGUUAAAAAAAAAGAAACCAUGGACUGCAGUGGAAGGUGAGGUUUUUUUUUGCUAAUUUUACUUCUUAAUGCUGAAAGCUAGCUUAGUUUUACAUGUUUGAAAGACAUGAUUCUUGAGCAAAGGCCUUGAGUAUUACUGUAUAACUGCUUCUUUUGCAUUUUGCAAACUGAGGAACACAAGUGCAACAGCAGCCUACAUGCAGUGUGGUUAAUUUGUACAGCGCUUUGGCCUUAAUCGAUCAGGGACUGAUGUGUGUAUGUAAAUAUAUAACAUCAAUCUUUCAAUUCAUACUAGUGUGUAUACAUAGUUUUUCAUCUUGUUAAUUUUUUUAUUUGACAUUUAAGGAGAAGGGAUUUCUUUCUUGUUGUACACCUGAUGUGUUGAGACUUUAUAUAAUUUAUAUAAGCUUUUUUUCUGUCAGAGAUGAAUGGUUUUUAAAAGAAGCCAAGUAAUUUCUAUCGUUUAUACAUGUUUUUAACUUAUUGUCUCUUGAAAAAUGUAUUUGCAUAGACCCAUACUGGUGACACUAUGUU